AUGGGGACAUAUGUAAGAAUAGCCAGCACAAGUGCCACGUCGAGCUCCAGCACCACGACGACAACAGCCAUCACCGUUUCAUUAGCAAACACAUGUGCUAACUGUCUAUAUAGCUUCACAGCACCUCAGUUUCCAUCGUUCACUCUACCGGCCGCUCAACCGAACAGUCCCGGAGAUCAACAGCUAAACUUGAACAAUAACAUUCGCCUGAGCAACGGAAGUGCACUGAAUGCCGGCCAGGGAUGUAAUGGUGGUCGGUCAAGUGGAGAAUACGCAUAUCUGAAUGAAAGUAAUGGCCAAUGGAUGACAAGUUACCCGGAUGUUAAUGGAAGACCUGCGGAUCUGAACGUAUUUUAUGCUACGGCGCAAAGCGCAUUAAAUGUAGCUACAUUACAAACGAACUACGCAAACUUGGCAUUAUUCUUGACCUGUAAAACAAUUAGACUUAAUAUUACAUGCAAUAAUGGUCAAAAGGGAUGUAUUUAUUUUACGGUAAACUGCACAGCAAAACAGGGAAACACAUCGGUUUGUUCAAUGGGUUCCUCAUCAACCAGCGCAACAGUAACAUCGUCCAAUACACCUUCACAAUCAACAGCAACGACUGCCAGUACGGAAACAAGUGUCGCAUCAUCUAGCACUAGCACAAUAUCAACAACAACGUGUACGGCUACUGUAGAGAUCGGCAUAGGUUGUUUCGACGACGCCGAUUGUCCACCUGGUGCGUUUUGUGAUACUGCCGGUGUGUGUGCUAGUGUUAUACCGUGCUGA